AUGCACGAUGAAUGUAUACCAACACCAAAUGAAGAAAAAUGGCUGAACAUCGCCGAAGGUUAUCAACAACGAGCACAAUUUCCUCAUUGCAUAGCGGUGGUUGACUCUAAUUAUUGUUUCACUUUUAUUGAUGUCGGUUCGUUUGGAAAGGACUCAGACUCUACAAUUUUUAAAAACUCAACUUUACAUAAGCAUCUACAAAAUAAUUCUCUAAAUGUUCCAAAACCUAAUCUAAUACAUGGUAUUCAGAUACCUAUGCUAUAUGCAUUUGUGGGCGACGAAGCCUUUGGGUUGUCAACAAAUAUGUUAAGACCAUAUGCAGGAAAAUGCUUACCAGUCAAUAAAAGGAUUUUUAAUUAUCGACUUUCACGUGCACGGCGCCAUGUAGAGUGUGCGUUUGGAAUUUUAUCCAAUAAAUGGAGGAUAUUUCACCGCCCAAUAGAUGUUGAUGUAGAAUUAGUAAUUGAUAUUGUAAAAUGUUGUUGCGUUUUGCACAAUUUCGUUCGCGCACGUGAUGGAUAUGAUUUUGAAGAUUCUCUAACAGUGACUGGUAUGGAAGACAUCGAACUAGAUAAUAACUUCAACGUAAAUAGAUCUGUUAACAGGUAUCGGGAUGCACUAGCAAAUUAUUUCAGUAGUGAAUUAGGACAAGUGGCAUGGCAGAAUGAAAAAAUUUAA